AUGCCAACCCAGCCUGGACCACCACCACCACUGCCAGUUGGUGAUGCGUCCUCUCAUCCACGCCUGUGCGCUGUACCUGGAUGUAAGUUCACACGGAUCGCACCAGAUUGCAAAAACUUGUGUUGUCGCAAGCAUUGUGUUGCCUUUGGUGGGUGUUCUUCGAAGACCCACAAGCCCACCCCUGCCGAAAGUCAGCGAAACAUGGCAAUUGACCCUGUCCUUCGAGUGCCACCAUCCCAGCCUGCCAAGGCUGGCCCUUCAGCAGUACACUCGGCCCCUACUCCUAGCCCCACAAUCUCACUCAAUGUGCAGGCGCCUACUUCUUCCGCUGUCGCCCACACCCCUUCACAGCUGCCUACUUCUUCUGGUGCCACCUAUACCCCUUCACAGGUGCCUACUCCCGCCAUUGCCCACGCUUCUUCAGAGGGACGUUCGUACCCCUCAAACAAGGGUAAAGAUCGGGCACUGCCUCCAUCAGAGGUUGACAUACAUGCCAACCCUCGUUACCCAUCGCAACUCCCACCUGUUUUCACUCAGCGCUAUGCUGAACAAGAACAGCAGUUGAAGGCAACGGCGCACCAAGCUGCCAAGCAGCGUAAUCUUGAGCAUCGCAUGAAGAAUACUGUGGAAGUCUAUGGAUGGUCAAAGGACGGUGCAGAGGUGACCAUGUGCGAAUUUCAAGAAGGCAUCACCCUGCCGCAAUUCAAGGUGACUGUACAAGUACUUCGCGCACUUGGGCUGUGCUCUGGAGAUGACGCAGAGGCUCAACAAGGGCACGCGCUCAUGCUCGACAGCCGUCAAGUGUACAUGCGGACCAUAGGUGUUACAAUCACUCCUGAGUUCGACAACAUCUUCGAAAGCAACUCUCUUCAUGUUGUUCCCAAUAUUCGCACCAAUCUCAAAGCUGAGCGCGCUGCCGUUCGUCUGUCCAACACACGCACACAGCUUAGGGCUGCUAGCAUCGCAGCCUCCGAUUCAGAGGAUCCAGAAGAUAUGCGGAAGCAUAAGCAUUCAGGUCACUCACUGCGAGGCAACGCUCGCCGUGUGCGCACAAACACUGCUGGCUCCUCAGCUGUUCGUCCAUACUCGCCUGCAUUGAUCAUCAAACAUGAGCGCACGCUUCUGACACCACGUCGGUCAUUCUCAAUACCAAACUCGCCUCCACUGGCAAUAAAACAUGAACACACUGUGGACGCUAAUUUGCAGGACGUGAUUGAGCUAUUUUCCGAUUCUGGCUCCGAGGUCGACGUCAACAUCACUCCCCGUCAACAUGUGCCACAUCCAAGUCGACAUCGUUCACUGUCAUCGGACAGUAGCCACAGUGCAUCAUCAGACAGCAGCAGCCUGAGCGACCCCUCUACUGUAUCUGAGUGUUCAUCACUGUCUUCAGGUCACUCUCCUGAGGAUGCUGUUGAUGUUGAUGCCUUUGACAAUGUCAGGCGCUGGCCUACCAGCUUCUAUGCAUGUGAAAUCGCAGAUGGCUUCAAGAAAUAUGACAAAUCCCGCAGAGUCGGACUGUGUUCUCACGCUGCGUUCUCACUGGCAUUCGGAGGGGGUGUACACUUCCGUCCCUUGACCUUCUCAGAGCAUCGGAAACGAUGGGACCAAGCACUGGCAUCUUCAAGAACCAUGUUUAUACGAGCAGGCAAGAGUGAUGCAGGCUCAUAUUCAGCAUUCAUGAAGGCAAAUCCAUUGCCUGGCGCAGAUGUGAAGGCCGCCCAGAAGCGCCUUGGAAGACUGCGAGGGUGA